AACUUACUCACAACGACGGCGCCGAGGUCCAUACUUACGAACGAGAAACUGUGGACGGCUGGUUUUAGGAGCCUCGCCCCAAAUGGCUAAUAAGGGUUGCCGCGUCUAGUGUGACUGUGUGGCUGAGAUUUCCCACGCAUACAGUCAGUGCAUGAAUCACGUUGCGCGCAUAUCCAUCCUGCGGUGCGCGUCUUAAAUUGUGCCACUUCUUUGACAGCCUCACUUGCGACUUCCACUAUAUCGUGCCCAUUCACAGAUAUGCUCCCUGUUGAGCUGCUUUAUGUCAUCAUCUUCUACUUCGUCGACAGCCGCACGCCAGGCAGAACGAGCAGCCUGGCUCGCGAUAAAGGGUACCCUUGGCGCCCCGUUGUAGCAAUAAAACCAGAGUGGCAUGAAGUCCAACCUCUCACUUUGGUGUCCAAGGUCUUCCGCGAAAUUGUCUUGGAGGCUUGGUUUCAGACCUACGUAAUGUAUAUCCCCAAACUCCACUUGAGUGAAGAGUGGUUGUCUACCAUCCCUGGCGUGGUAUCUUGGACAAGGAUUCUGCAUUGUAUCGUUCCCUACCAAAUGAUCGGCGGAGUGGCGAACGGCUUCUUUAAUUCGGAGAUGGAUCUCACCAUGUUUACUCAUCUCCGCAAAGUACAAUUCGACGCGCAUCCCUACGAGGAUGCAUAUGUCGCAACCCGGACGCUCAGGCUGGGGAUAGUACUUCCGACGGUGCUUGAAUUCGAGUUGCGCUAUCAUUUGCGGCCGAGUCCGGACCAACUCGUUCACAUGCCAAACGUGUUCCCUAAUCUCCAAGUACUCGACCUUCAUCAAGAACGGGCAUGGUGUAGCCUUUGCGACACGUGUAAUAUAUUGCAUCUCGAUCAAGUUCCACCAUCAUCCGUGACAUACAACAACGGCGACGGACUCCCGAAACUGUACAACCGCCACUUGGCAUCCCUACCUCAUCUGCGCACAGUACGCCUGAGCGCGGCAUAUACUCUUGACGGGGAAGUUUGCCUGCAGGAACUGAGCACGCCAUGGCGAGGCGAGUGCGGAGAGUGCACUGCACGCUUCCUCACCGAUGAGGACUUCACGCCAGAGUGGGAAGCUCAAAAUAAAGCCGAGCCGCAUCCGCCCUCCCUACGCGAAGUGGUCUGGACGUUUGCUCCCGCUACGCAGGAAGCACUGGACGCUGAAAGUGGAAGUGAUAGUGAGGACGGGCCAAGUAGUUCCGAGGAUAAUGACGAUGAAUUUGGGGAGAGCGAUUUGGAUGGCGACGGAGAGAGCGAUCCCGACGUUGACGACGGGGAGAGCGAUUUGGAUGUCGACGAGGAGGAAAGCGAAUCCGAUAUUGACGAGGAGGAGAGCGAACCCGAUGUUGACGAGGAGAGCGACCCCGAUGUCGACAACGACGAGAGUGAUCCCGAUGUCAAUGACGAGGAGAGCGAACCCAAUGUCAAUGCCGAGGAGAGCGAACCCGAUGUGGAUGACGAAGAGAGCGAUCUCGUCGAUCUCGAUGACAGUGAAGUGGAUGCGGACAGCAUUGAAGAUGACGAGGCAGAAGCCAGCGAUGACGGUGACAGUGAAGAGGACAGCUUUGGAAGUGAUGUAUGACAUAGAAAUGUGAGGUACGUGGGAUAAUAGAGGAUAUCGGUGAAGUACUUCAAUGCUGCAUCUACGCACAGUGCGCGUGGACAUGAACUGCGCGCUGGAUGGAUCCAUCAGCCUGCAAGACUUGGAUCUUGAAGAUGCUAUCAGAACUCAGGUGAGUU